GGCCAGCCAACAUCAUGGCCGAAGUCCCUGAAGACUACGAUUCCGAGCCGGAUGCAGGUGAAGACCUGGAGUUUGAGGGACCAGAACUGCCCGGGUCUUUCAAAAUGGCUGAGGAUGCCGAAGCAGACGGCGCGGCAGAGGCAGGCCCGAAGCUGCCUGAAGAACGUGACCAGGAGCCACAGCCAGGGACGGAGGAAGAGAACUUUCAAGAGGAGGCGCUAAAGAGUGCUAAGAGUGUGCGCUCACAACCAAGACCACCCGGGACCCCGGAGGAAGAGAUUCCCAAGGAAUCGGAGAUAGUCCUUUCUAGUGAGAUUGAGCCAGGGCUUCCCCAAGAGGUAAAGUCGGAGACAUCCAGAGAGAUGGGAGAAGAGCUUUUCAAGGAUUUGGAGGUCCCUAUGGAUGAAAAGCGUGAGGAGCCAGACCUAGAGCCACCGGAGGGUGCUAAAGCAGAUCUUACAGAGGAUGUACUCAUAGGGUCAGCUAAGGAAAUAGAUCUACAGCCACCAAAGGAAACCGAGUCUGGGGUUCCAGGGGCCACAAUCAGUGAGACAAGAUUAGAGUUACUAGAGGAGACCAAACCGGAAGUUCUGGAGGAAUCAUUUAUAAAGCGAUACGAAAAAGUAGUUCUAGAGCCUCUAGAGCAGAGCAAACCUGAACUUACAAGUGAGAAACCGAGAAAAUCAAUUGAAGAGGCAGAUCUCCAGCCACCAAAGAUGACCACACUAGGGAUUCCAGAGGAAACACAAAGAAAGUCACCUGAGGAGAAAAGGACAGAGCCAUUGGAGGAGCCCAAACCAGAGUUUCCAGAAGAGAAACCAAGAAAGUCGACUGAGGAUGCAGAUCUAGCACCUCCAGAAGAGACUAAAGCAGAGAUUCCAGAGGAGACACGAAGAAAAUCAACCAAGGAGAAAGGGGCAGAGCCAUCUGAGCAGACUAAACCAGAAUUUCCAGACCGGAAACCAAGUAAGUCUACUGAGGAAACACGAAGAAAGUCAACUGAGAAGAAAGUUCCAGAGCCACUGGAAGAGACAAAAUCAGAGUUUUCCGAGGAGAAAACAAGAAAACCAACAGAGGAAACAGGUUUAGAACCAUCAGGAAAGACCAAGGCAGACAUUCAAGAGGAGACACAAAUAAAGUUUAAUAUGGAGAAAGUUCUAGAGCCCCCACAAGACACUAAACCAGCAGAUCAAAAAGAUAAGCAGAGAAAAUCAACUGAGGAGACGCAACUAGCACCACCACAGAAGUCCAAAUCAGACAAGACACUGAGAGAGUCAACUGAGGAGAAAGGUCUAGAGCCACCAGAAGGGACUAAACCAGAGUUUCCAAGGAAAAAAACGAAAAGAUCAACGGAGGAAACAGGUCACGUGCUACCACAGAAGACCAAACCAGAGGUUCAAGAGAAGACACAAACAGAGACAACUAAGGAGAAAGAUCUAGAGUUACCAGAUACAGCCAAACCACUACUUAGAAGAGAGACAUAUGUAGAAUUUUCCAAGGAAGAUGGGCCAGAACCAAUCAAAUGGAAGCAUUCUGUAGACAAGGGCGAGCUAGAGCACUCUGACCAUCAAAGAAGAAAGUUGUCCGUAAAAGAAACUAAAAACAUUGCUAAAGACUCUGUGAUAGAGUCUCUUGCAGUAAGUGAAGUAGACUCUGUGAGUACAGAUUAUGAGUUUCCUCAAGAACCCCAGAAACUGUUUGAACUUACAGACAAUGACAUAUAUUCAGAUCCCUCAGAAUCUCAGAGGGAUUUGAGAGAGUCCUUCUGUGAAAAGAAAGUUGUAGAUUUGUCACCAGAGUUGAAGAAACUGGGACGCAAAGAAACCAAGCCAAAAGGAAGUAUUGAGCUACAAUUUGAGUGUCUUGAAUGGAGCCCGGAGAAAGUUGCAGAGUGGAUUAGCCAGCUAGGCUUCCCUCAAUACAAGGAGUGUUUUACCACAAACUUCAUCAGUGGCCGAAAACUCAUCUAUGUGAACUGUUCAAACCUCCCUCAGAUGGGGAUAACAGAUUUUGAGGACAUGAAGGUAAUUUCUCAGCAAACUCGGGAGCUGCUGGGAAUUGAAGAGCCAUUAUUCAGACGCACCAUCGCCCUUCCCUAUAGGGACAAUAUUGGCUUAUUUUUAGAGCAAAAAGGUCAUUCUGGGGUAAAAUCUGAUUCCUUGACCUUCUCUGAAUUUGUGAAAGAAGCCAGAUUAGAGGAUUAUGCUCCACAAAUAACUGCCCCUGAAGAGAAGGAAGCAUUAUAUUACUUUGAACCAUAGGGAAAA